AGUUGCUGGGUUCUGGAAAUCGAUAUUCGUAAUUACUGAAGGCCUCCGUUCAUUUCAGGUUCCAAGGCAUACAAUAGAUCCAAUGCGAAUGCGACCAGGUACGCUUUCGGCAGCAUACGUGUCUACCGCCAGAUACAUGGGGAUGUCAAAACUACUUUUAGGAAGGACAGGAAGGUCUUACUCGAGAUGGUACUCUAAUACACAGCCCAACGUUCAAUCGAUUUUCCCGUUCAAGGAAUGCACGAAACUUCUGCGAUUAGAGACAUCGRCAGGCCCCUUUUGUUCUCUUGGUCAAAACAAAAUAGCAAGAUUUUCUUCCCACACCAAAGCGAAAAGGGUUUCUGAAUCGCUGUCGAGAAAAGAGCGUCGUUUGCUCGAAAGAAAAGAAAGAAACAAAGCGAAGAGAAAGGCAAAGAGCUCCAACACUGACACGUCCAGUUCUCACUCAAAUCUGACAGGAAAAAUUUGGAGAUUGGUCCCGAAAGGAGGACUCUCUCCUAUGUUUGGCAAAUCGCGACAGCUCAAAAAAAUAUUUGAGUCCCUGGUUCCUAGAGUUCCAGGACGAAACAUAUCGUUUACACAUUAUUCUCUAUGGAUGGCGCUGGGAUUUCGUUUGCCCCUUUUUCUGGCUUUGUCGUUUCUGCUGACGGACGAAAACACCUCGCCUUAUAUUAUACAAUGUAGUCUCGGCCCUAGUAUGUUGCCCACCAUACAAUUUGCUGGAGACGUAUGGCUGAUUGAAACAGAUUCAUUGGGUCGAGCAUGGAGGUACAUUUUUGGAGGAGAGCAAAAUGAAUUCAAUUUAAAGUCAGUGUAUCAAGUAGGGGAUCUAGUAAUAUGGGAAAAUCCGGAGAAUGGAAAACGAAGCUGUAAAAGAAUAAUAGGACUCGAAGGAGAUACCGUUCAUACAUAUGGCGAGUACAGCAAUCUGUUCAAGCAUCGAUCAGAUUUAGGGGUUCUUUGGCCUAGAGAUGAGGAAGGAACUGUACGUCGGAAAUUCGGUGCAUAUUCGGAGAAAAAUGCUGAGGGCAAAAGUGACGCUGUGUUUAACAAUAGUGAUCACCCAGGGAAAGCAAUGCAGUCAGACACACUUGUUGUCCCAAAGCAGUGCCUCUGGCUGGAAGGCGACUGUCCUCUGUUUUCGAUGGACUCAAGGUAAGUCCCAGACAUAUUCUUCCAAUACUCAAAUACAUCUAAUCUUGAUUUCGAGUCUCGCAGUCUGCCGUUUGCAUCCAGAUAUGUGGAAGCGUGCCCGGAAAUUUCUCCUUCAACGAGCUCUGAUCUCACACCUUCUUUAUCUUGUCAAACGGCCAUCUCUACACGGAUAUCCCCUGAUAACUCUUAUACUGGAAGGCAAUACGGGCCAAUACACGUUUCAAAUGUGCGUGGUCGGCUUGUUUUCCGUCUCUGGCCUUGGACUAGAAGUGAUUUGGUGAACGACGAAGGAAACUCUUAUCUCUCUUCCUGUAGAAUCAGUAAGAAAAGACCUGUUCCAUACUCGAUUAUUGAACCUUAUCUCGGCAAUCGAUUCAAUUUUUAUAGAAUACCUGUUGGUUCAUCUGAAGAGGCUCCGAAAUGAAUACGAUGUAAUGGCUAUCAUGCCUGAAAUAGAAAUGAGACCAAGCC